AAUUGUUUACCUCCUCAAAUUUAGUGAAUUUAAUGUAGAAAUAGCACGAAAAAUUAACAGAAAAUAGUUUUAUCGCACAGUAAAACUCUCGAAAAAUGAAAAUUUUGAUACCGGAAUGGGUUCAUCACGACGAAAAGCCCAUAUUUAGCAUCGAUAUCCAUCCACAUGGGAAUAAAUUUGCAAUUGGCGGAUUAGGAGCAGAUGCAGGACGUGUUACAAUUUGGAACCUUUCACCCGUUUUAAACAAUGAUUCAGACAAAGAAUCUUCCGUUCCAAAGUUGCUCUGUCAAAUGGACAAUCAUCUUUCUUGCGUAAAUUGCGUUCGUUGGAGCUACAAUGGCGAAUAUUUGGCAACGGGAAGCGACGACAAGCUCGUUAUGAUUUGGCGAAAGACUGCGACGAAAUCAGGAGCUUUCGGAACGGGCGGCAUGAAGCAAAAUGUGGAAAAUUGGCGUUGUAUGCAUACUUUGCGAGGGCACAGCGGCGAUGUUUUGGAUUUAGCUUGGUCUCCGCAAGAUCGAUGGCUCGCCACAAGUAGCGUCGACAAUUCCAUCAUCGUUUGGGAUGCCUUGAAUUUUCCCACGAUGAUCGCAAUUCUCAAAGGACACACGGGUCUCGUGAAAGGCGUCACUUGGGAUCCCGUGGGAAAGUUUCUCGCAUCGCAAAGUGACGACAAAACGGUGCGAAUUUGGAAAACUACCGACUGGACUUGUCAAUCUUCGAUUACAGACCCGUUCGAGGAAUGCGGAGGCACGACACACGUUUUACGUCUUGCUUGGUCUCCCGACGGGCAAUAUUUGGUAUCAGCUCAUGCGAUGAACAACGGGGUCCCGACAGCACAAAUUAUCGAACGCGAAGGCUGGAAAUGCGACAAAGACUUUGUUGGACAUCGGAAGGCAAUUACGUGCGUUCGUUUCAAUUCGGCGAUCUUAAAUCGUGAAAUCGCCGGUGUCAGUAAACCCCAAAAGUAUUGCUGCCUUGCGAUGGGAAGUCGUGACAAGAGUUUGUCAAUUUGGUCAACGAACAUGAACAGACCAACGAUUGUGCUUGAUGACGUUUUUCAAGAUUCCGUGCUCGAUAUUGCGUGGAGCAGCAACGGAUAUUUGCUCAUGGCAUGUUCGAGCGAUGGCACAGUUGCUUGCAUUCAAUUUGAAAAGAACGAACUUGGCACGCCGCUGACGAUCGAGGAGAAAAAUGAACUUUAUCAGAGGAUUUAUGGCAAAGAUAUUAAUUUGGAUUUCAAUCAAGCGAAGGAUAUAAUUUUGGAAAAUUCGGAAAUGCUCUCGACAAGUAGCAAAGAAAGUUUGCUCGUUCCUUCCUUCAGUUCGAAUCAAAAAAGGCCCGAACCAACUCCGAUAGCGACGAGCAAAACUCCAUUUGCGGCAUCUACAUUGCAGCAACAAACGACGCAAAGUCCGCAGAAGAGAAUAAAUACGCAGCUUGAAACACGAACAGUUGAUGGAAAACGUCGAAUUACGCCAAGAUUCAUUCCCGUAACUGACGAACCAUUGGAUACGGCUUCGGAGAAAUCUGCCGUUUUGAUUUCGUCGCAGGAACAAACAACUUUAGUAAAAUCAGACUCAAUUACCUCAAGCAGUUCUGUCAAUCCAAUCAGUAUCAACGACUCAGCAUCCGAAAAGGAAAGCGCUUUCGUCACCGCAGAUCAAAUCCGUCUCGAUGCACGAAUAAAAAAGAUCAUUCCUCCCACGAAACCCAUAAAUUUGGAUGCCAAAUACAACAUGGAAGAAUCAAAUGGCGAAAAGAAGGCAACAAACGCUCCAAUUCCGCUUCACAUGCAUCGUCCUGACGCCGGAAAUCCAAAACCUUUCACGGGAUCUCUCUUCAAAGUUGUCGGAAACUUGCGAAUUACCGUCGUUAACGAGACAAAUCAGACCUUAAUUGGCCCUUUAACUCGUGUGACUUGCACAAUGGCGGAGAAAAAAAUUUGGGAACUGCACAUCGACUCACCGAUUGUCAUUUUUAAUUGUUGUUCGCGUUUCAUUAUGACUUGUAGUAAUGAUGGGACUCUCCGUUUUAUCGAAACGCAGUCUGGAAUGUUACUUUUGCCGGUAAUUACGCUCGCAACGCCCGUUGUUCUGUGCUCGAUCAGUGCAAAUCUCGCAAAUGCGGCGAUUUUGACGAAAAAUUGCGAAUUACGGAUCUGGAAUAUCGAGAAAAAAUGCAAAGUUCAGAGCAUGGAUUGUUCCGACGUUAUUUCUAAAGGUGCGGCAAAUGCACUUUUCGUGAAUGAUCAUGGAGAUCCGUUCAUAACACUUUGCGAUGGCGCUUCGUAUUCAUUCUCGAAAGAUUUGGAUUGUUGGUUGAAACUCUCGUCGGCGGAUCUCAUGUCAAAAAUUUUCCUCUCACGUCACAUCGGGUCGAAUUUCACGCGAAACAUGAAACAAUGCCCGCUCACGACAAUCCAAUCGUUCGGCAAAGGCUUCAACGUGAAGACAAACGCCUUGGAUAUGAUUCCCGAUCAAUGGCCUCACACGAUGGAGCUACUUUUCCUCGAAAAUCAGAUCAAAUUGUGCGAAACACUGACAUCGAGUGACGAAAUUCGCUUUUGGUAUGCGGCAUUGGGCACGAAAUUAGCAACGCAUGGCACGGAACAGAGGAUUCGAAAAGUGCUCGAUGGACUGUUGAAUAAUCACAUGUGCGGCAAAGGCGACAAGAAUUCCAAAAUUUAUCUCGAAAUUCUGCUGGAUAAGAUGAAGAAAGAGUCGAAAUGGCAACGACUGUUUAUGGAGUACAAUGAACAAAUUUGUUGAGUGCGGGCAAAGUGAUUCGUUAGUUGUUAAGCGUUUUUUUUUCUGGAUGUACUUCUGAAAUGAAGAUGAAUAAAUUAUUGA